UAUAGAACUCCUUAAACAACACACAUAAUAACAAAGCACAAUUGCAGCAAACAUGAAUUUCUCCAAAAAUCUCCCCCUUUUAGUGUCCCUUUGGGCAAUCACAUUCUUUGCCUAUACCCAUGCUGCCACUUUUGACAUUGUAAACCAAUGUACCUACACUGUCUGGGCUGCUGCCUCGCCCGGUGGCGGUCGAAGACUUGACCAAGGCCAAUCGUGGAAUAUUAACGUUGCCCCGGGAACUACCCAGGCCCGAAUCUGGGGGCGUACUAAUUGUAACUUCGACGCAAAUGGUCGUGGCCAAUGCGAAACCGGAGAUUGUAACGGGCUAUUAGAAUGCCAAGGAUAUGGUAGACCUCCUAAUACCCUAGCCGAAUUUGCCCUUAAUCAACCUAAUAACUUGGACUUUGUCGACAUCUCAAAUGUCGACGGAUUUAACAUCCCGUUGGAGUUCAGCCCCACCACCAACGUCUGUCGCCGACUCGUAUGCAAUGCUCCUAUAGUCCAGCAAUGUCCUAGUGAACUACGUACUCCUGGCGGUUGUAACAACCCGUGCACUGUUUUCAACACCAAUGAAUAUUGUUGCACCAAUGGACCCGGAAGCUGUGGCCCAACACCAUUGUCGAGGUUCUUUAAGGAAAGGUGCCCGGAUGCUUAUAGCUACCCGCAAGACGAUCCGACAAGCCUGUUCACUUGCCCGGCUGGUACGAACUACCGUGUUGUCUUCUGCCCGUGAUCAAGCUCUUAAAUUUGCUGUAUAAGUGGGUGCACAUGUAGUGUUGUGCAACAUUAAUCUCAGUGAAAUACAAAUAUAGAAUAAGAGUCUAAAUUAAAGAAUAAGACUGGAAAUGGUUCCUGUUCACCUGUGUUUUUGAUAUAUAGUAACUAAGUUAAGUUUUACUCAACUUUUUUUUAGCAGUAUUACUAUGCAUAAAUGCCCUACAUGCAAUAUUUGCUAUUCAA